CACGCUUAACGUUGUUGCUGCUACUGCUCUUCAUCCGUGUGAACAACGUUAUCCGCUAUUUGACGUCGCAGUUGUGGCCGCUAGUAUAUUUCAGUGGAGUUGGAACAGUUUUAAAGACUUAAAAAAAGUUUGCAUAAGCCAUGAUUUGAGGUGUGAACAACGAAAACGUGCUCUCCCACAUACUGCACUCACACACCAAUCAUGUCUCAGUCUGAAUCCUGUUUGACGGUGUGGGACUGGUUAUGUGUUCUUCGCCUAGAGCAGUAUUCUGAAGCAUUUCGAAGCGCUGGGCUGGCAAAGUUACGACAGUGUCGAAACCUCACACCAGAUCAGCUGGAGCGGAUGGGCAUCACCCUGCCGGGUCACCAGAGACGCAUCCUGGCUAGCCUCAACAAAACACAUGGUAACAAUGACCCACAAUCUGACACACACUCUCACCUUGUACAGGCUGAGAGAGAUCAGAGAUUGGAAGAAACAGGACAUGCCAAAGGGUUGCCGAUAGAGAAACCUGUGCCUAUCCCAGUGGAAGAAAAACCUGUCAUUAAGGAAAGGGAGAAAAGAGACGGAGAGACAUCGAGACCUACGCCCAGGGAAAGAGAGAAACCUGUCCCCAGGGGGAGACAAGUGCCCAGGAUGAAAGAGGAAAGUGGAGAAGGAGAAGAGAAGAAGCCAGUUCCUGGACAAAGACAAACAGCACCUAGAGGAGGAAAAGAGGAAGAGAGGGAUGAAGAGAGGGGGAGGCCUGUGCCUAAAGAAAGGACAAGGUUUCGCUCUCCAAUGGACAGUGACACCAGCCCGCUUGUCCCUCCAACUUCAGACACCUCUUUACCCCCCGUGCCUCCACGGAGCACCCCCAACUGCCCUCCACAGCGCUUCACCUCUCCCCUGAACCCCUCACCUCCUGCUCGAACUCCUGUCUCACCCAAACCGGACAGACAUGCGGUUAAAGCCCCGCCUGUACAGAGCAGAUCUGUGUCCCUGAGCUCCACCCCCACCACCCCUACACAUGCACCUCUCCACCCUCCCAACUUCCCCUCUGCCCAAACUCGGCCUCAGACUUUAGCCAUUCAGCCACCUGCCCAUUUGGGUAGUGAUGGAGGAAGAAAAACUUCACCCGUCUCCCCCACUGCCUCCCACAGCGAUGAUGUAAAUGCUCCACCUCUCCCUCCAAAGGCAGGGGCAGUACCUAAAGGCCCUCCACCAAUCCCACACCGGCUUCCUGCACAGUCUCCCAGAACUCACAGCCCCAUUCCCACCAAGACGGUCUCCGAUGAGAUGCAGAAAGACCAAACUCCACAGGUCCCACCUCGCAUCAGGACACCACUAACUCUAGAAGACGCACAUCAGUCAACUCAACCGGACACUCAACCGGACACUCAGCCGGCUCUGCCUGCCAGGAGAGUCCCCCAACCUCCCCUUGAGUCCAGGUUGGAUUCACUCGAUGAUAGUUCUGAUGACUACGAGGAUCCAGACUUGUUUUACCCCAGUGCUCAUCGAAUGAGCGCACCAGACAGGGAUAUGUCUCUGCAAGUGCCCCGCAGGGCAAAGGGACGGUACAGUUCUUUGUGCAGUGAUGACGAGAUGUUGGAUGACGACGAUCUGGACGGGGACAUUGGCUCUCUACAAGGAAGCAUUUACCUGCCAAACACUGGCAGACUGGCUUCGGCCACUAAAGACGACAGCUCUCAGCUUGCUGCUGUCAUCAAGAUGGGCUGGCUGGACAAGAAUCCACCUCAGGGGGCCCUUUAUUAUCAGAGACGAUGGGUAAAGCUGGAUGUUGACUACCUGAGAUACUUUGACAAUGACAAGGAAGUGUAUUCUAAGGGGAUCAUCUCUACCGCCUUCAUCACUAAUGUGACCAGUGUGGGAGAGCUGAAGUUUGAGGUCGUCACAAGCAACCGGACAUUUAUCUUCAGGGCUGAAAGUGAAGUCGAGAGAAACGACUGGGUGGCUGUACUGCAGGACUGCACCAGGGGGCGCCAUCUGCGCAGCACCAUGAACCCCUGCUCACCUUUGACCCCGGAGUUUCAGGGCAAUCUGGAACUCAGAGGGUUACGCUGCAAAAUUUAUACCGUUGUCGCCUCAGAUAAAGUCUUCCUCUACAAAAACAUUGAGGACCAUCGUAUAGGAGUGGGUAUCACAUCCAUUGAGAUGAAUGUAGGAAAUGUUAAAGAAUCAGAUCGUCGUGGAUUUGAUCUCACCACACCUUACCGCAUAUUCAGUUUUAUCGCAGAGUCAGAGCAGCAGCGAGAGCAGUGGGUUGACGCCAUGCAGAACGCGAUAGGUGAGGCGCUGUCGAAUAGCGAGGUGGCGGAUCGGAUCUGGGCGGAGCCUAGCAACAGUCUCUGUGCCGACUGUGAGGCUCCCAAGCCGGAGUGGGCUGCCAUCAACCUGUGUGUGGUGAUCUGCAAACGAUGCGCAGGAGAGCACAGAGGACUGGGUCCUAGCAUCUCAAAGGUUCGUAGUCUGAAGAUGGACAGGAAAGUCUGGACAGAGGAGCUUGUACAGGUGUUCCUCUUGCUGGGCAACGAGCGGGUAAACAGUUUCUGGGCAGCCAACGUCCCGCCAAGUGAAGCUUUGAUGCCUUCUAGCUGCAGCGAAGAACGACGGCGCUUCAUCACCAACAAAUACCGCCAGGGCAAAUACAGGAAGUACCACCCUCUGUACGGGAACCAGAAAGAGCUCAAUAAUGCUCUUUGUAUAAAUGUGCAGUGCAGUGAUGUACUGGAGACCUUGAGCCUGAUUUUCUGCGGUGCAGAUGUAAAUUGUUCAACUGGUAUGGCAAGUUGGCCCUCGGCUAUCUCCCUGGCCAACGCACACUCACAACCCUUACAGGCUGAAUUGAUUAGCCACAACCUCAACACAGAGCUACCAAGGUCAGAGGUGGGCGGAGGCAUGGAGGCGGUACAUUACUCACCACCACCUUGUGUGUCUCACAAUGGCUUCCUGUUCAAGACUGCAUCCAUGGCUCGGGCUAUCACAGAACGCAAGGGCAAAGAAGAGUUCAGUCGUCGCUGGUGCACGCUGAAUGAUGGCACCUUCAGCUACUAUGAGAGUGACAAGAACUCGAACCCUAACGGAUCUCUGAAGGCUUCAGAGAUAGUCUGCUUGGCUGUCGACGCACCUGAGAGACAUGGGUAUGACCACACCUUUGAACUCUAUUCAGAGUCAGAGCGUCUCUAUCUGUUUGGCACUGAUGACCCAGACGGCCACAAGGAAUGGGUUAAGUCUAUUGCCAAGACCUUUAUCCCGGCCAGUGCAGAGCCUCUACUGAGGCUGGCUUUUGAGCGGAUUGGGCGGCUGAAGUGUAAAGACGGCUUGAACUUACAAACAUCCAAGGUUGGUUGGUUUGCUCUGGUGGGCUCCACGCUUCACGCCUACCUGGAGGACAGCCAGGGAGAGGAGAUCCACCUCCGCAAACUGAACGAACUCUCAAUUCAACAAGACAACGAGGUGCUGGUUCUGGUGGAGAGAGGCAGAACUCUGUACAUAGAGGGAGAGAGGAAGUUGGAUUUUGCCGGCUGGUCUGCGGCCAUCCAGGCAGCAGCGGGGAGUGGAGGCGACACACUGAGCCAGCAGCAGCUGACAGAGACAGACAUACCUGUCAUAGUCCACAGCUGCAUCGGCUACAUCACACAGUGCGGCUUGACCUCUGAGGGGAUAUAUCGUAAGAGCGGUGUGAACUCCCGCGUGGCAGGGCUGUGCGAGAGAUUCCGCCGUGAUGCUCGCAGUCUUCGUCUGAGGGAAGGAGAGCACCAGGUGGACGACGUCUCCAACACACUCAAACGCUUCUUCAGGGAGUUAGAAGAGGGACUGUUCACAUCAGAGGAUGCCAGCAACUGGCUCAGUGCUGCUGCCAUUCAGGAAGAAAGCGACAAAAUCUCCCAGUACCAGCUGCUGUUGAACAGACUGCCUCAUGUCAACAAGGCUACACUACAAGCCCUUAUCAACCACCUCUAUUGCGUGCAGCGUUUUUCUGAGCUGAACCAGAUGAACCUCCAUAAUCUGGCCAUAGUGUUCGGUCCCACGCUGUUCCAGGCCGACGGGAAGGACUUCACUGCUGGCCGCGCCGUAGAGGACCUCAUACAGCACUACACACGCAUCUUUGAGGUGGAUGAGCAGCAGCUAAAGAAGCAGCUAGAAGAGAUCACUGUUAUCAUCAAAGUACGAGAGAAACUCAGCACAAAGUUUCCUAGUACUGAACCUGGAGGGCACUUCAUCUGUACAGUGUACCUGGAGGAAAAGAAGGACACCGCAGAGCAACAUGUCAAGAUCCCGGGUUCUAUGACAGCAGUAGAGCUGAGCUGUGAGGUCCUGGAUCGGCGUAACAUCCGGGUUAAAGACAAAGACUACUGGAGCUGCUGGGAGAUCUGCGACAAGGAGGAAAUGGAGCGUCCACUGCACUAUCAGGAGCGAGUCUUACCCAUCCUGCACUCCUUUGGUACUGACUCCCAUCUGCUCAUCAAGAAACACUUCGCCAUGGAGGCGAUGAUGCUCUACCUGGCCAGUAAAGCGGAUGCAUCCAAACACGGGAUGAUGAAAUUCAGAGAAGAGCGAAGCAUUUUGGGAUUGGGACUCUCCUCUGGAAGUUUCCACGACCGAUAUUUCAUCCUAAAUUCCAGCUCUCUCAGGAUGUACAAGGAAGUCAGAAGUAACCGUCCAGAACGGGAUUGGCCAGUAAAAAACCUAAAGGUCUACCUGGGUAUUAAGAAGAAACUCCGUCCUCCUACUUGUUGGGGACUGACGGUCGUGUUUGAGAGUAAGAAACAAGAGAAGCCAGAGAAGCAGCAGUGGUAUCUCUGCUGUGACACCCAGUCAGAAAUGAGGGAGUGGUAUGCUACUUUUCUCAGUAUCCAGUACGACGGCAACGUGUGGCCUCAGGACGGACUCCAGCAGACACGAGUGAGCCGCGUGUUGCCGGACACGCGUCACGGUAAUGUGUCACUGAUACCGCUGCGUGGCAGUGAGAAUGAGAUGCGGAACAGCGUGGCAGCUUUCAGUCAGGACCCGCUUGCUCUCUUUAGAGAUGUUCGAUAAUGGUCGCUGCAGGGAAGGGCGAACAGUCAGCAUCUGAACAUUCCAGUGACAUCAUCAUUCUGCGACUGUAAGGGCCAGAAUGACGGACACUCGUACUGUAUGUGGAUUAUGGCCUUUUAGACUGCCAUCUGCUCUUUUUGAAUAUGAACUGGACCAAAAAGAAAAACGGACAAACAGGAUCCCAUGUAAAAUAUAACCUACACUGGUCUCGCUGCACAGAUGAAUUUGACUUGACUUGAUGUACAGGAGAAGCAGCUGGGAGCUGCGGCAGUUUGAUGGACUACAAUCACUCGCUUCCAGCUCGAUGUCUCCGCCCAGCGUUCCACUGUUUCCAUUGGUCAGUGGCUGGUGACUCAAUCACUGCAUUGCAUUAUGGGACGAAAGCAGGAAAGACAUGCUGAGAGAAACCUUAAUUUCUUAUAUAAUUUAGUCGGAUUAUUCUAGGCACCAGUAUUGAGUGCUUCGCAUUUUUUUUAAAUAGAAGGUUGAAGUUUAUUGACUUGCAGUUGUAGCUGAUUCUGAUUUAUGUUUCUGUGACAGCUCUCUUUAUGUGCUAUUGCUCCAAGAAUUGUCGGGAUAAUCCUACAGUUCAAAAUUCAAUAAUUGCUAUUGUAAGCAAAGCUCAUGUCACAGGACACGGUGACCUGAUUCUGUCCAGGGUUUGUUCCAACGGGGACCAAGACCGGGACUGAGAGGAAAACGCUGAGAAAUGACAGGUGAUGGAUCUGUGUCUGUUACGCCGCAGGACAUUUGCCUGUUCUGUGCAAAACCUCGGCCAGCGGUGCACAUUUGUGCUCAUGUCCAUUUAUCUGCAUAUGUGCACCGGUGUGCACACAGUUUGUGUGAAUGUGUUGGCGUUAUGUUUGUGAGUAGGCAAAUUUGAUCUUGUAUGAAAUUGUGUUUUUUGGGGAGUGAAGGAAUGAGAGGUAUGUGCUAUAAAAAAAACAUUACAAACACUGUUUUAAUAUGCGAUAAAAUAGGAGAAGCACUUGUUGUGCUAUUGUCCCCUUUUCUGAAUUAAGUAGGUCGCAUUUCAAACCAUAUGCACUUAUUCUAAAUAAUGGCCUUAUCAGUAGUCUUCUCUUGUCUGUCCCUGCUGUCCUCUCUCAGUCCUCAACACUGCCUCCUCUCUGUAGCUCUAAACCCUGUGAUGCUUAGAUAUACAGGAUAUAUACAUACAUGGGCAGUUUUGUCAUUAACCAGCAGUAUUUAUGAAGUUUUAGGUUAUGAAUUAGUCACAUUGGAAUAAACAUGUCUUUUUUUUGUUUUGUUAUACACAAUCUUUGUAACUGUAUAUUAUUAGUUUGUUCAUCAAAACGGGGCGCAGAAGUUCAACUGAAACAUCUGUAAGCACAAGAAACAAAUUAAAGUGCAUUAUAAUCUUCUAUCAUU